CCUGUCAAAGCGCGCCAUACACAGAAGAAGAGGGUGGACACUUCCUCCUCUGGUUUUAUGUGGCUAACAGGCUAUCUGCUAUUAUUAAACACCGGCUUCCAGUGUGUGAAUGUCUGAAAAAGACGAUCGACACGCUAUCGGUGGAUUGUUUCAGCCGUAUACCCGACUACCGAGACAGCUGAAUUUGAAGUAAUUUAAUGUGAAGGUUAGGUGCCUAAGUCUGCUCCGUUUCAACAGUGAACACAUCCGUGUCCAACGUGAACAUGGAGAGAGGGAGGCAAAAACUGCACAACAUCCUGGAGGAUGGUUUAGGACAAGAGUUGAAGAACGCCGGGCGGUUUUGUUUCAGCUGUGAGCAGAUAUUUGCAGAUCGAAGAUGCCUUGAGGAACACAUGUGUUCUGCUGCAAGUCACAUUUGCUCCUGCGGAACCGAGUUUACUGAAUACCAUGACAUGCUGGAGCACAGUACUACACAUGAACCAGGACACCAAGUGCUUGAUCAUGAAACAAUAAGGAAGCGCAGGAACGAGAAGCGCAUUGCAGAGGAAGCACAGCUGAAGAGAUUACAGACGGGUGAAGUUGUUUGGAAAGCACCUAAAUUAGGAAACAUGCCAUCAAUUUCUUUGCCAGUGAAGCAGGUACCCAUGACUUCAGCUCUUAUGCCUCAAGUUCCCAUGCAGUCUGCGCUGACGUCACAAGUGCCUGAGUUGUACCCUUCAAUGUCAGAGGCAACUAUGCUCCAAAAUCCUGUCUCUUCAACAUCAGACAUGAAGAAUAUUUUUGCUGGCGUAGGUGCACCGACAGUGGAUCUUUGGACAAUUUACCAGCCAGUAGUGUUGUUGCAAACAGUACGCACGUUUAGCAAGAAAAGAAUGUUCUCCUGCAGUAAAUGUGGGCAGUGUUUUACUUCAAAGACGGCCCUUAUAUCCCAUCACAGUUCGCAUGCUCUAUUUAAAGUUUCAGGCUGUAUAGGAUGUGGGCUGCUGCUCUCCAGCAAAAAGAUAGUGCCUCGCUUCCAUGUUUGUAACGCACCUAGCAAUACUACCAAAUUCAAACUCAUUACUGCAAGACCGGCAGGUUACAAGGUGCCAAAUGAAGCAGGGCCUGUCAGGAGUCUGAAUCUGGCUCCUCGUCCUCCUCAGGAGCCAGAGGUCACUUCAUUCCUAAAUUUAAAAAGCCAGAAUCCCAGUGCAGGCAGCAAUGGAAGUCAGACAACCCUUGGCAAUUCAACCCUUCAGUUGAAAAACUUGAAUAUCAGAACAUACAAUCAAAGCAACCAGGGGCUUCAUGUCUCUCCAUCGCAGCAGUUUAGGAGACAGAAUACAAAUCCAAACAAACCAUUCGUCUCCCUGCCACACAAGACCUACAACGGAAAUCCUAGUGCAUCCAUCAAAGGCAGCCAAGGGCGUCUUGUGACCCCCUCUGGACAGACCAAGAGGCCCCCAACGGUCUUAUUUAGUUUACAAAGUAGACCCACGCAGGCAUCCUCAAGACCAAAUGAAUUCACAUGUCGAGUCUGUUAUGUUCCCUUUGAAACUCCUCAGCUCCUACAGAGGCACAAGUGUGUCAAAGCGCAGGAGUUCAUGGCACUGCGAGGUAGCAGGAAGAACCACAAAUUUAAGAUGGGGACACCAGUGGCAGGCCAACAUCCGGUUCAGAUGAAUGGUGAGAUAAUACUCGGGGUUCCAGCAUCCGGCAACAUUAAGAUACACCAAGUCAUGUCUGUCAAUCUAGAAAAGGCGCAGGGGGUGGCUCCUGUGAACGGCGGAACCGAAGUGGAUAUGGAUGAUGAUGACUGCUAUAUCGUGGAAAAGGGUCCAGACAAACCUGCUGAGAUGAUUUACCAAGUCACCUCAUCUGUUCCUAUUAAGACCUGAUUAGCUGAGUGGAGAGGCCCAUCAACCGUGCAUGUCAAUUAAAAAAAAUAAAAA